UUCAGUAUGCAACAGUGGUCUUGGCAUGGCUGUUCAAUUUAUUAGAACAACAGUCUACAUAAUAACACAGGAAAGACAACACGUUAUCACAUUAAACUGAAGAAUUAUAAUUUAUCGCAAGAAAACAUACUAUAAAGUUGUUUGAAGGACCUACAUAUAUUUUAUCGCAAACUGGAAUUAUUAAGUUGAAUUAAAAAAGCUGUUGGUUCAGUAAACGUGUAAUAUGCGAUCGCGGGAGGAAAACGGAUCAGUAUCAAAAAUGCCUUACAACCAAGCAAACAUGGAUGAACGGGAUAAUUAUUUUGCUCCAAAUUACCAAAAUUACCAAGUGCCAGUGACACCCCCGGGAUUAGAAGCCAUCUAUUCAGCAUCUCGGAAAUUAUAUCCUGAUCAGCCGAAUCCUUUACAAGUUACAGCGCUCGUGAAAUACUGGCUGGGAGGACCAGACCCUCUCGACUACAUCAGCAUGUACGCUAACAACGGGGACCCUGAUAGGGGCAUUCCCCCGCACUGGCAUUACAUCAGCUUUGGCCUCUCUGAUCUCCAUGGAGACGGACGUGUGCACGAAUGCCAGGGUACAGAUGGCCCCAGUGGCUUUGGGUUCGAGCUUACGUUCAGACUGAAGCGCGAGCCUGGCGAGACCAAUCCACCAACCUGGCCUGCCACCCUGAUGCAGGCACUGGCACGAUACGUCUUUCAGACCGAAAACAAGGUGUACAGCGGUGACCACGUGCCCUGGCACCUGCCCUUAGACGGCAGCGAAUCACGAAUUCAACACAUGCUGAUGGCCGACGACCCUCAGUUGACCCCAAUUACGACCCCAUUUGGGCCUGUCUGCUUCGUCCAGAUAGUGGGCGUGUGCACGGAGGAGCUGCAGGCUGCGCAGCACUGGAACGGACCUGGCGUCAUUGAGCUGCUCAGGUCCAUGACUGUAGCUGGGGGCCCAUGGCUGAUCACGGACAUGCGUCGAGGGGAAUCUCUAUUUGAGAUGGGCCCGAGCCUACAGGAGAAGGUGGACGUGGGUAUCGAGUCAGAGGGAUCGAACUUGAGUGGCGUGAACAGCAAGUGCUCGUGGGAGGAGCCUGGGGAGAACGAUCGGGACAACAUGUCGUACAAGGACGGGAUUGUGGAGGACGACGAUGAUGAUGACGAGCGUCGACACAUAUCCAUAAUUGAAUCUGAGCAGAUAAAAGCAACGUUGUCAAGGGGGCUUGACCCACACUUGCAAUCAAAAAUAGAUGGCUUCAAUCGACCCAGGUCUCGAAAAGGGUCAUUUGAUAGCACAGAGAGUUCUGACGCUCCAACGGAACUGUUGCGGACACGAACGUUGGAUUCAGUCCACCUAAAAUUUAACCUCGAAGCAGCUUCCUUACUUCCACUUGCUUUAAGGGGAAGGCUACGGCACGGGCGACACUUCACGUUCAUGAGUGCAACAAAUGAUUCAGCAAUAACGCUGGUCUCUUCGAGUGUGAACGGGUCAAUAGCCGACGAGGAGCACCCAUUCGCGGCCCACGGGUUGUGGCUUCAGGUUUUGCUCGCCGAUGAUUUCAUCGAAGAAAUGUGUGAAGAUUUGCAGGAGCUGUCAAAUCCAAAUGAUCUUCUUUUGCCAAAAACGUAUCGUUGGCCAGAAAGACGGCUUUGCAUCACAAUCUUAUCUGAAGAGGUGUAGCAGACAAGGAUGUGUGAUGAAAAUAGCAUCCCCCAAUCACCUGACAUCUAUCCCCUAAUCACCUGACAUCUCCCCGACUUAACCUUGCAGAGCGAUGGUUUUCCAUUGGAUCAACUGUUUUGACGACCCCACCUCAAAAGAACAAGAAAUAACAUAUGCUUUUCCUACAAGAAAGUGAAUGUUUUGCAAUAAUUUUCUGAACAAUGCCAAAUUACAGGGGUGUCAAUUUUCCGGAUUAUUCCGGAAAUCCGGAUUUGAGCCGUCCAGGGUUGAUUUUGAUGUGAAUGUAAAUCGGAUGAGUUUGUUUAAGGCGGGUGGGGGUAGGGACAAAAUUCUUUUAGUGCGGGUUCAUUUCAGAACGAAUAUUGUUAUAGCAUCGUCGGCAUUCUGGACAUCUGCGCUUGGUACCGAUUUUAUUUAUUGAUUUCUGAUUGGUAAGCGGCUGGCACUGACAUCAGCAGUAACUGGCAAAGUAAAGCACUGCAAUAUCAUAUUUUAAAACAAUAUGUUAAUCAAAUUAUAUAUUGACUACGUAUUUGCUAGGUUACUGGUUUUCAUUUUCUGCAGUCAAACGAUAUGCAUAUUUUAUUUCAUUUGCAAAUGAUGUAUCGCGACAUGUUUUCGGACAGUCUUUUUCGGAUAAGCUGGUUUGUCGAUUUUAAUUUAAUUUCGAAGUUCUUAAUAUCAUUUGUUUAGAAUGACAAAUACAUCUGCGGUGUUACGGAUGGUUUGGUUUAUAAUAUUUCGCAUUGUACUCAACAGAAAAUGCACCUAGAAAGACUUUAAAAAAAGAACAAUAAGCUAGGGCUCGGGGGAUUGGGCCCUCUCUUCCCUUUAUCCUACGGCUUAAUAUUCCG